ACCUCCGAAUCGUAAUAAUGCGCCAUUUUGCUUUUCUCUUGUACGUUUCCAUUACGAUGGUCAAGGGAAACGUCCCAUAUCAGCCCUACUACGACGACAGCUUGUACCAGUAUCAAGGCUACCCAGAUGCUGAAUUGCAAUCUCCGAAUUUGAUUUACGACAGUCGUCUUUUCUGGUCGUUAUUGACGACUACAACAACAACGACGACAACCACAACGACCACUUGUACGGUAUUUACUAACGUAGCUUGCAACGCUGGCCGACGUAGACGAUUCGUCGAGGACGAUGAUGAUUCUAUUCAUCCUUCUCCAGUAAACAAAGUUGAGACUACACAGCUUACCGACAUGGAGCUGUCUUCCAGGAGAGAACGCAAAGCUGAUCCCCAAGUGGCAAUAUGGCGCGGGUAUCCUGACUAUGUGAUGCCUCAAUCAACGUUUGGCUAUCGUUACGGUCCUACAAAUUAUUACAAUCCAUUUGUUCGCCAGCCAGUGAUUGUAGCUGAUCCACGUCUCUUUUUGCGCGUAACAAGCACGUCGACAUCGACGACCACUACCACUUCCAGAUCAACGCCCAUUUGCUCGCAAGCGAGCGGCUUCAAUGCGUGCUAGGGUUUGUAAUCUAUCUUGCAUCUACAUCAUGGCGGGCAUAGGC